GAUAAUUUUGCCUCUCCGGAGCGCACCUAUACAGCGCCUAAACCUCAAGCUCGUGCAUUGUUUGGUAAAGCUGUCGCUGUCAUCGGAGAUUUGGAUCUUAGUGGAUAUAAUGGUAGGAUAAAAAGAGUUCUUACAGUUUAGUCAAUAUCAGAUGAGUUCCGUUCUCUGAAUGCAUUCAUACACUUGUGUGGUUUUCUUAUAAAAACAUUUAAUAUACAGAGAAUAAUACAUGGUGCUCGGAAAUACCAGAUUUAUUUCGAAUGUUGAACAUAUCAUGUUCAACACGAGAAAUAAAUCUGGUAUUUCCAAGCACCCAUGUAUUUUUCUGUUUAUUAUAUAAAGGACAGUCUUUGAAAAGCGAUAAUUUUUACAGAAAAGCAAUAAUUGAAAAGCGAUAAUUUUCACAUGUGAGAUUAUCAUGAGUAAUCUCACAUGUGAGAUUAUCACUUUUAUCAGUGCUCGUAGUACUAUUUAAAGCACUAUACUUUAUAUAAUACAUAAUAAUAUUUCACUGCUUUGAGGGUCAAAACUUGCAACUGGAAAACUUCGAUAUCUUAGCCCCGGUCAAACGAGAAUGAGACUCGAUAAGAGUUGUAAGUCUCGCUCGCAUUCUCCCGCACACUGUCAUUAGAGCAUUUCGAAAGUGGAGGGACAUUGGCCAAAAGCGGCACUUUUGUAUAUGACCAAAAUCAAACAAUUUUAUGUCGUUCACGAGCCGAACGAAAAAUUUUGAAAAUAUGGAGUCUCUAUAACGUCGGAAAUGGCCUUUACAGAGUCUUCACUGCUGCGAAAAGGGCACUUUCUUUCCAGCAAAAGAGGGCGUUUAUUCAAGAAACACUUUUUUCGUUAUUUAAGUGGGGCACUAGCUUUAGCCCAGAAAAAAGGGCAAUUUUUUCGCUUUCUAACUCUUAUUAACUCUUAUCCUCGUGUGACCGCGGGGUUUAAGCGCGAAUAGAACAAUUAUGUAUUCAUGCAAAUGCUCAUUAUAGAUAGUGUCGUAGAUUUGAAAUCUCAAGCUAAAUAGACCUUUGUAUACAACCUGGACUCUAUAUCUUAUAAUGAAUAUAUCCUGUAUACUGUAGAGCACAAUUAGUAUAGGUAAUAGCAUGGUUUUGAGUGCAAUUUGGAUAUAACAUGCACGAGUGAGUUUUUCAAAUACCUCAAAAUAGCACGAGUCCGAAGGACGAGUGCUAUUUGAGGUCUUUGAAAAACUCACGAGUGCAUGUUUAUCCAAAUUUCAUGAGAAACCAUGCUAUUACUUAUUAAUAAUUUACAUAAAAAUGUUCGAGACAAUUGUAGUUUUAACUUACGCGUUUAUAGCGAACAUUCCACUGGCAAAGUUUUCUUGGCCAAAUUAUAUCACAUUAUACAACGCUAACAGCUUGAAAAUUCCACUCAACUAUGUAAUUUUUGUUAGUCUUGUUUAAGGUAAAUGCUUUUCCAUUUAAAAAUAAAGAUAAAAGCCAUAUUUUCCACGCGAAGGCAACUUUUACUUUGUGUAGCGCGGUGCCAUGUUUGUUUUGUUUUGAAGCAAUCUGUGACCGUUACUUCUUUAAAACUAAACUGCUUUAAACUGAUUGGUUGAUUUAAUCAUCACAAUGUUUUUCCACCAAUCAGAUCAGUUUGUUACAGAUUUUUGCACUGUGAUUACAGAAAAUUGCACUGUGAUUACAAAAAAUUGCACUGUGAUUACAGAAAAUUGCACUGUGAUUACAGAAAAUUGCACUGCUGUUUGGGAUUAACUGCACUGAAAUCAACCAAUCACAGUCGAGUAAUAUCUUUAUGUAUAUUAUUACUGCUCUAAUCACUCAUAUAUUGCUCUCAUGAUGUUAGAUCUAAUUAUUGGUUCACCGUAUGAAGGCGAAGGCGGAGUCGUGUAUAUUUACCAUGGCUCAAGUGAUGGAUUAUCUGAAAACCCUGUGCAGGUAUAAACUAAUUGUUGCAUGUAUCAAGCUAUACGUGUAUAAUUGCAAUUUUAACACAAGUUCGUGAUUACAGUUGCAUACCCAUUUUAUCUUACUGACCAUUAUUCUUAAUAAGAGAACCAAAUAAGUUGCGAAGGAACAUUCUUUUUAACAAAUAUAAAACUAAUGUUAUUCCGGGAGGGGGGAAAUGUGCAUGAAUAUACUAUACACAAUCUAUUUUAAAAAACUGUACAUUUCGAAUCAAUUUCGAUUCAUCUUCAGCAGUAUGUUUAUUCGAAAUUGAUUCGAAAUAUACAGUUUUUAAUACAGAUUGUGCAUGUAUAUAUUCAUGCCCACUUUUUCGGAAUACCAUUAGUUGCUGAAACUAUGAGCCGGUAAAACAUUCUUUCAAUGAACCAACCUUUGAAACCUUUCCCCACUUUGUUGGCCGAUGACAUCAUCAUUCGAGUAUGUAAAGAGUUACGUUGCGACUUUCGAUCUCGCCUGACAAAGACAAAGACACUACAUCGAAGUGCAGUGGUGUCAAGUAACGAAGUAAAUGUACUUCGUUACUGUACUUGAGUAUACUAUUUUUGAGAAAUCAGCAUGUAACAAAGUAAACUUUUUCUGGAGUACUUUUACUUGGAACGAAUUCGUUUUAUAAAAUAACAUGUAUAUAACGCGUGCUCUGAUUGGUCGAAACCCGUAUUUGGAUCAGGCCAUCCAAACACGGAAGACUAUCGUGUUGUUGUUAUUUUAUAAAACAAUUACUUUAUGGUUUCCCUGUUAGGAUGGCCUGAUCCAAACACUUGGGAAUGUUGCUCGAGUUAAGAAAAGCGUGCAAAAUCACUCGCCUUCGGCUCGUGCUUUGCGGCGCUUUUCUUAACUCUCGCAACAUUCCCGCGUGUUUGGGUCAGGCCAUCCAAACACGGAAACCAUAAAGUAAUUGUAUAUUAAGAAGUAAGUAAACGUUUAAUUUCGUUACUUUCUAACUUUUGUUUAAUUUACGUCAUUUAUUUUUAUUUUUGGGAUAGGUAAUAGGACCUCUACAUACUGUAUAAGCAUUAUUUAAUGGAUUUCUUAUAUCUUCAACGGGGUCUGGAAAGUGGAACAUGCCGUGAAAUAUUGUAUAUUAGGUGUACGCAUAAUGCGUGUGCUGUUUUGUGUCUUUUGUAUGUCAAUACAAAUUGCCAUUGGAGACUCCCCCCCCCCCUACACACUACAGACAAUAGUAUAUUUACUGUUUGCUUCAAGUAUUUUUUAAGGAUGCUUUAUACUUUUUAUUUAAGUACUGUAGGUUUUGCCUCCAGUACUUUUUACUCUUACUCAAGUCGUUUCAUUGUUCAAUACUUUUACUCAAGUACAAAUUCAAAGUCAAAUUUAGGCAGCACUGCUGAAGUGUUGAAACGUUGGGUCGUGAAUGCAAUUCGACUGAGGAUUGCAAUCAUUGCAUUCAUUCACUUAAACCAAAGUAUAGCGAGUGAAAACAAACCAUGGUCAUUCUGUUGCUAAUAUAAAGAGAAAACGGAAAUUUAUUGUUUUCUUUAGACUAUAAAAGCAUCGGAUUUUCCAAAUGAUCUCAAAACAUUCGGAUGGUCAAUUCGUGGUGAAACAGAUCUUGAUGACAAUGGAUACCCAGGUUGGUCACUUUUUAUUUGUUAAUAGACCCUUUUAUGUAGCACGAACAAAAUAUAAGCCACUCGCAGGCAUCAUUAAGUAUACCGCUCGCAUGUAUACAUCGCAUGAUUUUUUGAUGACACAUGUUUUUAGCAAUUUUCAAUUGUCGUUAUUCCGUCUGCAAUUAAUAAUAUUAUUAUAUAACCAUACAUGCUCUGUGUUGUUUAAAAAACAAUAACACGAUUUUUUUAAUAUAAACAAAUAUAAUGCUUUGUGCUACAACCAACCAAACACGUAUUUCAAUACGUAUAUUAAAGCAAGUGUACAUGAAUUUUUGUGGGUCCUUCUUGUUUUGAAAAAAAAUCAUUUAGGGAUGACUGUUGAAACUAUUUAUUUAUUUUCGUGGAAAUUAUUAUUGGGAAAUAUUUGUAGGAAAGAGGUGACUUUGAUGUAAUAUAUUUGUUCAAACUUCAAACUAAUGUACAGCUUAAGGUCAUUGUCCUAGCGUAGCGUAGCGUUUUCCAGCAUGUUGAAUACAUUAGUUGACACUCCAGUGUUCAGGAAACAAAAAAGUACCUUGCGAUACGAUACUGUUGAAGUGGAAAACAGUCUUUAGACAUUAUUUAGACAGUUCGUGGUAAUAAAGUACAUGGAAGUCAGCUGUUUCCUAUUCAUCAAUAACAAUUUUAAUAUGAAAAUUAAUUAAUAAUUGUUGUCUGAACUUAAAAAAACUCAUUAAUAAUUCAUGAGGAAAAUACAAAAGAAAUAAAUCUUUAAUCAAUGUUUGUUAAUCGGAUAAGGAUUUGUUCUGAUUUACAUAAAAUUAAGAUUUGAUUUUCUCGGCUUAGACAAUGUUUAUUUUUAAAAUUACUUCGCCAAUGAACACAUAAGAUGGGUCUAUUCGCAUCCGAUCUUUAUCUGACACACAAACUCUCGCCUGCGGCUCGAGUUUGUAUAUCAGAUAAAGAUCGGCUGCUCAUGUUUUAACUAGUACUUAUAAUACUCAUUGAUAAUUCACGAAGUAAAUUCAAAAGAAAUGAAUGUUUAAUCCAUGUUUGUGCAUAAUAGCAAAGUAUUACUGAUAAAAUUAACGUAUGCUUCGUAGCUGGGAUCAAAGAUGUCUUCCUGACAAUAAAUGUACAGCGUGGUGUAUUUAAGUGGCACUGAAACCAGUUUUUAAUCGGGCUUUUUAGGCAUCGUACAUUGCGAUUCAAACAGGUGUUGCUAUUGAUAAAAAGUUAAUUUCCGAAUUACUUUAAUUAUUUCAGAUAUCGUUGUUGGAGCUUAUGCAAGCGAUUCAAUUAUGAUUUUAAGGUAGGAUUGAAUAACAUACAAUUUACAUCACAGUUGUAGACCAUUCACUCAGGGAUGGAUCCAGCGAAUAUUUUCGUGGACAUACUGUAAUCUCAAUGUAGUUAAUCUGAGGUAAUCGCAAUGUAGAGUUCACCAAUAUUAGUCAUUAGGCCAACCUUUGCGCCCGCCUGUCGGAGGCGGUGCGUCCAAAUCCCCCCCCCCUCCCCCCCCCCGCGUAUCCCCCAGUGAAUCCAUCUCCGCAUUCACCUGUCAACGGAUAAAUAGCGCGUGGUAUUUAUUACCAACAAAUUCAUCUCGUUGUGGCCUUCGAUGGAAUAUAUCAAUUAACGUCAAAGACGAUGAGAGGUUUUAUAAUAAUUUAAAAUACUGAAAAGAGGGUGCACCACUCUCCCUGCACCCCUCUCCCUGCAACCCCCAUACUGAACACAGAUACCGCUUGGUACAUUUUUAGUUGCCCUGUUUUGAGUUCACUCACAAUUAUUUUUUUUCAUAUUGCAGACCAGUGCCAGUGGUUAAAGUAGAUAUUGAGUAUAAACUAUCUUCUCCAACUAUUGAUGUAUCAAACAAAAGUUGCAGUAUAGAGGACAAAAUACUCGGCAAGACUAUUCAAACUGUGUGGUAA